GGGAGCUCCAGCUCGCGCGCCUCAGACCAGCAUGAAGACGGCGGCCACCCCCGUCGCCCCCACCGCCGCGGGCUCCACGCCUCCGCCCACGCAGGACAGCGCUGCCACCGCCGCUUCCGUUGCGCCCAAGCCGCAGCCGCCGCAGGACUCGUCGACGACGCAGGACGCCGCCGCACAGCAGUCGCUCGGGGAAGAGUAUUGCGCCCAGGGCAUGACAACGCUGUGGCCCGACAGCCGCCGCUAUCUGCGCAACCUCGUGCUGGGCCGCGAGUGCCGCAACGUGUUCAGCCUUGAGCCCAACACCAUCUUCCUCAACCACAACGCGUACGGCGUGGCGCCCAAGCCUGUGAUGCAGGCGCAGGCCCACUUCGUCAACAAGAUGGAGAUGAACCCGGACCGUUUCAUGCGCCGUGAGGUGCCCGUGAUGCUGCGCCAGGCGGCGUCGCACCUCGCGCGCUUCGUGCACGCCGACGCCGAGGACCUCGUCUUCGUAACCAACGCCACCACGGGCAUGAACGCCGUGCUGCAGUCGCUGGACCUGCAGAACGACGACGAAGUGCUGUGCCUCAACCUCACAUACUCAGCCGUGCUCAACACGCUGCGCCAUCUUUGUUACUGCACGCAGGAGUUCGUGGAGCUCAAGGUGGUGGACGUUGUGCUGCCCAUCGAGAGCUACGACGCGCUAGUUCAACAGGUAGCCGAUGCGAUCACGCCCAACACGCGACUCGCGGUGCUGGACCACAUCGCCAGCACAACAGGCUUCGUCCUGCCCCUGGAGAAGCUCAUCCCGAUCUUCCACGCGCGGAAUAUCCCUGUGCUGGUGGACGGCGCCAGCGCGCCCGGACAGCUUCCGCUGAAUUUGAACGAGCUGGGCGCCGAUUUUUACGUGGGGACGGCGUAUAAGUGGCUCUUCGGCUGCAAGUCCUGCUCGUUCCUGCACGUAAGCAAGGCGUACCAGAACACCGUGCGCCCCGUGGUGACCUCGCUGGCGUAUGGUCAAGGGUUCGUGGAGGAGUUUGCGAUCCAGGGCACGAGAGAUGAAGCCAACUUCCUGACGCUCGUGUCGGCGCUGGACUUCUAUGAGAGCGUUGGGGUGAGUCGCGUGUACGCGCACAACAAGUCGCUGAUGGACUGGGCCGGCGAGUACCUGGCCAUGACGUGGAAGACGAACAUCUUGCUGCCGGCGUGGCAGCGCGCGCCGUUUGUAUGUAACGUGCGCAUUCCCGUGGAGUGGCCGACCACGUCGGCGGGCGCGCCGAUGUCGCACGACGAGGCGCUGCCGCUGUGCGACGCGAUCAUGGACUUCCUGGACGACCAGUACCGCAUCGUGGUGCGCGUGGUGCCGUUCCAGAACGAACUCUACGUGCGCAUCAGCGCGCAGAUGUACAACGAGCGCAGGGACUACGAGCAGCUGGGCCAGGCCAUGCUCGAGCUCACCAACACGCCCACGCUGGGCGACUAUCUCGCGCGGAUGCGGAUCUAACAGGCUAAGCGUACAAUAUAUACACACGAUGAACGAGU